AUGGCAAUUUGUUGCAAACCUAUUGUUGUGGUUGAUGGAAGCUUCCUUAUAGCAACGUACAGAGGAAUGUUACUCACAGCUUGCUCGCAAGAUGCUGGAGUUUUUCCCCUUGCAUAUGCAAUUGUUGAUAAGGAGAAUGAUGCCUCAUGGGGGUGGUUCUUUGAAAGGUUCAAAGAAGCGUUCGAUGAUAGAGAUGACAUGUGCAUUGUAUCGGAUAGAAAUGAGAGCAUAGCUAAGUCAGCUUCAAUAGUGUAUCCUAAAGUUUCUCAUUGUGUUUGUAUAUGGCAUCUGUGGAAUAACAUAAAAGACAGAUAUAAGAGGAGUCAAGAAGAGCUCAGAGAGAUAUUUUUUGCUACUGCAAGAGCAUAUACUACUGAAGAGUUUAAUCACCAUAUGACAGAGAUGGAACAAAUAGAUGGAAGAGUGAAGGAUUACUUAUUUGAUAUUGGAUAUCACAGGUGGAGCAGAGCACAUGCAAAAGUCAACAGAACAAUGACAAUGACUUCCAACAUUGCUGAAUCAUUAAAUUCAGCAAUUAAGGCAGCGAGGGAACUUCCGAUACAUCAAUUACUGGAAGAAAUUCGAAUGUUGAUCAACAGGGAAAGGACAUGUAGUUGUAGAAGGUUCCAGCUCGAUCAAAUCCCUUGUCCGCAUGCGUGGGCGGUUUUGAGGUCAAAAAGUCUAGAGGGUGAAGAUUACUUCUCUAUGUACUACAGCAAUGAAUACAUGUUGAAAGCAUACGACAUUCCAAUUUAUCCUCUUCCAGAUGAAAGCACAUGGACAAUUCCAGUAGAGGUAUUAGAACAACGUGUGGUGCCACCAGUCUGGAAUAAGAUGCCUGGAAGACCGAAGAAGGUGAGAUACAAGAAGGUUUCAGAAUCAAAAGCUAAGAGGCCAAAGAGUUCAUGCGGACAAUGUGGACGUGAGGGCCACAAUAGGAGAACAUGUAGAAAUAUACCUUAUCACCACUGA